AUGACAUCUAUUGAGAACAGAUCGGAAGUGAAUGAGUUCAUCCUUACAGGAUUAACAGAUGUUCCAGAGCUUCAGGUCCCUCUCUUCAUCAUGUUCACCCUCAUCUAUCUCAUCACCCUGUUAGGGAACCUAGGGAUAGUAGCUCUGAUCUCCUGGGAUCCUCGCCUCCACACUCCCAUGUACUUCUUCCUCAGUAAUCUCUCUCUGGUGGAUUUUGGUUAUUCCUCAACUAUUACUCCCAAAGUAAUGUCUGGGUUCCUAACAGGGGACAAGGUCAUUUCCUAUACUGGAUGUGCUACACAGUUGUUCUUCUUUGGAGCUUUUGCUACUACUGAAAGUUUCCUUUUAGCCACCAUGGCCUAUGAUCGCCAUGCAGCUGUGUGUAAGCCUUUACAUUACACCACUACCAUGACAUCAAGUCUAUGUGCACAUCUGGCCAGUGGUGCUUACUUCUGUGGCUUUCUGACUUCCUCCAUAGUAAUGGGAAACACAUUUAGCCUUUCCUUUUGUAGGGAUAAUAUAGUCCAUCACUUUUUCUGUGAUAUUCCCCCUCUCCUAGUUCUCUCUUGUUCUGAUAUUCACGUCAUUGAAUCAUUAAUCUUUAUCUUAGGUUCAUUAACUUCUUUUUUCCCAUUUCUUGUCAUCUUUACUUCUUACUUGCUAAUCUUCAUCACAAUCCUGAAGAUCCGUUCUGCAGAAGGCCGUCAGAAAGCUUUCUCCACUUGUGUUUCUCAUCUCACGGCAGUGUCUAUAUUUUAUGGGACAAUCAUCUUCAUGUACUUUCAGCCCAGCUCAAACCAUUCAAUGGACUCAGACAAAAUGGUUUCAGUGUUCUACACUAUGGUCAUCCCUAUGUUGAACCCUCUAGUCUAUAGUCUUAGGAACAAAGACAUUAAGAAUGCUUUCAGGAAAGCUUUAAGUGGACAACAACUUCAAUUAAUUAAUCAUUUUUCUUAG